AUGUGGACGUUACUAACAGGUCUUUAUCAAUAUUUAACUCAAAAAGAUGAUUAUUAUAUUCUUAUUGUUGGUCUUGAUAAUGCCGGAAAGACAACAUAUCUUGAACAAACAAAAACGAAAUAUUGUUCUAAUUAUAAAAUGAUGAAUCCAUCAAAAAUAACAACAACUGUUGGUUGUAAUAUUGGUACAAUUGAUAUAGGAAAUGUUCGUCUGAAUUUUUGGGAUUUAGGUGGACAAGAAGAAUUACAAUCAUUAUGGGAUAAAUAUUAUGCUGAUUGUCAUGGUAUUAUUUAUAUAAUUGAUAGUGCUGAUCGACAACGUUUAGAAGAAUCAUGGUUAACAUUUGAUAAAAUGAUUCAAUCAGAACAAUUAACAAAUGUACCAUUAUUAGUUUCAUGUAAUAAACAAGAUAUUGAACAAUGUAUGACUGUACCAGAAAUAAAGCGUAUAUUUAAUCGUUCAACAUCAAAAAUUGGUGUUCGAGAUUGUAUGGUUUUAGCUUGUUCAGCUUUAUCAGGUGAUGGAAUAAAUGAAUCAAUUAAUUGGAUGAAAGAUUGUAUUCUAAGAAAUUCAACGAUACGACCACCGAAACAUCAAGAUAUUGCAUAA